AUGAUGAAUUUUUUUCAAAUUAAAAGUGAUGAUGAUGCUUUUGAUUUUUCUGCUUAUUCCACUGCUACGCAAACAGAUGGGGACAUGUAUGUUGAACAUAUUGUAAGUGGUUUAGAAUUAAGUGGUAGGACCCCUAGGUGUGUGAAUGAUUUUGUUGGGUUAGAUGCAACUGAUGAAGAUGCAGUUGAACGCUUGAAUAACAGUGAAGAUGAAAGGACCACUACUAUUGCAGAUGGAUUUGAAGAAAUUGAUGUGACUAUACCUAUUAGGGAGGGUCCAGAAAUAGCUGGUUUGUUACCUUAUCCAAGUAAGAGGAAAUUGGAAGAUGAGGAUUAUGUUAGUGAGGAGUUAGACAGCUCAGACCCAGAUAAAUAUGAAGAUGAAAAAGGGCCUAAGUUUGAGAAGUUUAGGAAAGAGCAAUUUAAUAAGAAUUCUAAGUUUAAGUGGGGUAUGCAAUUCAAUUCCCUAGAUGACUUUAGGGAGGCAAUUCGUGAGUGGAUAGUUUUAAAUGGAAGGGAGAUAACUUUUGUGAAAAAUGAGGGGUAUAGAGUAAGGGUAGAGUGCAAGGCUAAAUGUGGGUAUUCCAUGCUUUGCUCAAGGGUGGACCAGAAAGAAACUUUUGCCAUUAAGACUAUAAAUGACACCCACACAUAUGCUAGGGUUUUAGAAAAUAGAUCUACAAAUUCUAGAUUGGUGGCCAAGUAUGUUGUGAAGAAAAUGCAAACAACUGACACAGUGAGGAUCUCUGAUAUAAUACAAGACAUGAGACAAAAUUAUUCAGCUGGUAUAAUUGUGGUUUGGGCAUGGAAAUCCAAAUUUAUUGCAAAUAAUAUUAUUGAGGGAGAUGCAGACAAUCAAUAUGCUAUCUUGUGGAGAUAUGCUUCUGAGCUUCAGAGGGUCAAUGGUGGGAACACAGUGAAGAUCAAUGUUGAUAGACCAAUUCCAACUAUCCAGCCAAGGUUUGGAUCAUUCUAUUUAUGCUUUGAUGGAUGUAAAAAGGGGUUUAUAAAUGGUUGUAGACUAUUUGUUGGGGUGGAUGGUUGCCAUCUAAAGACCAAGUAUGGAGGACAACUGUUAAUAGAUGUUGGUAGGGACCCCAUUGACCAAUAUUUUCCAUCGGCCUUUGGGGUAGUGGAAACAGAGACCAAGGAGAGCUGGAGAUGGUUCUUACAAUUGUUAAUGAAAUAUGUUGGAUUAGACAAAAGAUUUGUUUUUAUUUCAAAUCAGCAAAAGGGGUUGGUAGCAGUUUUUGAAGAUAUGUUUGAAAGAAUUGAGCAUAAGCUAUGCUUGAGACAUUUGUAUGCCAACUUCAAGAAAAAGUUUGGAGGAGGUGCGUUGAUAAGGGACAUAAUGAUAGGAGUUGCCAAAUCAACUUACCAACAAGGGUGGCUGCAAAAGAUGAAUGAACUGAAGGGAGUAGAUCCAAAGGCUUGGGCAUGGCUAUUGGCAGUACCUCCUAAGUGUUGGUGUAAGCAUGCUUUUAGUUUCUAUCCUAAGUAUGAUGUAUUAAUGAAUAACAUUGCUGAGUCUUUUAAUGCAACCAUAUUAGUAGCUAGAGACAAACCUAUAUUAACAAUGUAUGAAUGGAUUAGAAAAUACCUGAUGAAUAGGCGUAGCAGCUCUGCCUUGAAACUUGAAAAAUGGCCCCAUAAGGUCAUGCCAAUUCCUAGGAAGAGAUUGGAUACCCAGGAAUUAGUAGGCAUUCCAUGUAGGCAUGUUGUUGCUGCACUGAGUUUUAGACAACAAAAUCCAGAAGAGUUUGUAGAUGAAUGUUACUAUAGGGAGAAAUACAAACUUUGUUAUGGGUUUGCUGUGAGCCCUAUUAAUGGACAGGAAAUGUGGCUUGAGGUUGAGAGUGAAGAACUUCUACCUCCAAUCUACAAAAAAGGGCCUGGCAGACCAAGAAAGUUGAGGAUUAUGGAAGCUGGUGAAGAAGGGGAUAGAAGGAGGCUGCCUGGUGUAUCCUAUAGGUGCACUAAGUGUGAUAAAAUAAGACACAAUGUGAAGUCAUGCAAGAGCAAAAAACAACAUCCUAAUGCUUUGAAGAUAAAGAAGAAAGUGAGGUAUGGUGAUGCCACUACAAAUGUAACUGAAGCAGGUACAUUAAGAACUGAUGCCACUACAAAUGCUGCAAACCAUAUGGAUGCAAGUGGUGUAGGUGAUGCAACUACAAAUGCUGCAACUCAUAUUGAUGUUGAUGCUGAUUUAUUUGGAGAUGUAACAGAUGAAAUGCUAUCAUCAACACCUGAUAUUAUUCAACCUGUGCAAGAUGAAGAAGGGCAAGGCAAAGGUAAAAGAAGAAAACAAACCAAAGAGAAAGAGGCAAAGUGA